CAAAAAAAAAAAAAAAAAAAAAAAACAAAAUAAACAAAAGGGUAAAGCAUUUUGGACUUCUAUCUUAUCCCUCUAGAUUCCAACAUGUUCAAGUGAAUUUUCUCCGAUCCUAACACAAUCCCUCGCCCCAUGGAAGCAAAAACUGUUAAUACAGUUGAUGAUCCAUCAUCAGCACGCUUCACAUGGAGGGUUGACAAAUUUUCCACGCUGAAAACACAGAAGCUAUACUCUGAAAGUUUCUAUGUUGGAGAACACAAAUGGCGGUUGCUUAUUUUUCCAAAGGGGAACAAUGUGGACCAUUUAUCGAUCUAUUUAGAUUCUGCAAGUUUAGUAACUUUGCCAUCUGGGUGGAGCAAAUUCGCGCAAUUCAGCUUAUCUGUGAUCAAUCAAAUUGAUAACAAGUCCACAAAGAAGCAAGCUUCCAGAGGUUAUCUUGUGAACGAUACAUGUGUUGUUGAAGCUGAUUUCCCUGGCUUCCGUUCAGUUGAACUUACGGUUGAGGCGGCAAAGACUGCCUCAGGCAGAGAUGAAACUCCUAAUUCUUCUUCUCAAGGGGAUAUUGAUGGGAGGAUUAGACAGAAUGAUUCUGAUACUGAUACAACCCUGCCUCAGACUGAUACCUUGGGCCCUCCUCCUGCCAGUAAAUCAGCAACUGAAGUGAUCCAGUCUUCGGUCCCACCAGCCACUCCAAUUGUUGAAAAGGAAUCAAUGGUUAAUUCCCCUCACGCCCAAGAUCCGGAAGUUGAGUUGCCAAGGAGUCUUCCAAUGGGUUCUCCUCUUGAGUCAUCUUCAUUUGAUGACAUGGAUGCCUAUACCUCCAAGUUGGUGUCUGUAGUAGAGACUGAUGCACAUUUUGACUCCACUACUGAAGGAUCGGUCGUCGCCUCCAUUCCUCAAUCAACUGUUGAUGAAGCCAAAAAAUUCUUUAUAAAGAUGUUAUCUCGGGACCUAUCAGAAAUUCCUGAUUUUGCCGCACACAUUACAGAAUCCAUCCGUGUCUUAUCAGAGUGUCAUGACCUCACUCCAGCCCAGCUUGCACAGCUGAAAUCCCUCAAGGUUGAGUUUCCAUCAGUUCUCAAAACUUUGACUUCCAACCAUUCUUUUAAGGAGGUCGAGGAAAAAAUAGCAGAAAAGCGAGGAACACAGAAGUGUUUGGUUGAGCAAGUCAAGAUUAAUGCUUUCGCGUUCCAAAUGCAGAGAGCUAUUCACAAAGACUUGAUCUCAGAGGAGGCAAAGCUUCAACAAGAGGUUGAGCGGCUGCAGGCUGAACUGGCUAAGAUUUCCGAGAAGAAGAAAAGUGCUGGGAAAGAGAUGAAGCAACUGCAUGGGAAGAUGGUUAAUCUAGAACAGUCUAGGUCCUCUGUUCUUGAGGAGAUCUCAACCCUUGAGACCGAGAAGACCGCGGAGAGCUCUCUGUCAUGGGUCCAGCAAAUGUGGACUGAGCUUAGAGACACAUUCAUGAUACCAAACAAUUAAUCUCUUUUUAUUUGCAAGAUGAAAAACUUUUGUUGGUCUACUGUUAUAUUUCUCUCUAAGGGCCGGUUACAUUCUACCUUAAAUUUCAUGUUUUUGGAUAUUUUUAACUUAUUUCUGGUCGGUUGGGGUCAAUAUUCUUAUACUUUUAGUCCUGCAAUUCUACUUUAAAUUGCACUUGUUUCUGGAUUAAUGAAUGUGAUUAUCCUUUUUACCUUA